AUGGAACAAAACAAAGCAUUACUUUCAGCAGUUCAGUCGAGCGUGCACUCAGCAAGAAGCAAAAAAGAACGAAUGAAGUAUGCUUAUACAACAGAUGAUGACGAUGAUGAUAAUACGAGAGCUUUUAAACGAGGUGGUUCGACACAUUCAGGCUCUGCUGCAAGCGUUGCCAAAAAACGCCAGAGAAAAGUAGCAAGAAAAAAGAAAACCGUAGCCUAUCAGAAACGUCAGACAAAUGCAGCAGCAGGAAGAGCAAAGAAGUCGAAAACCAGCGACUUUUUGUUUACAGCAGAACAACGCCAAAAAAUUGCAUCGGCCAUUUAUAAUCGUCGCUCACAUCGUCAUAACCCUAAUAAGGAAAAAUCAAAGCAUUGUGAGGGGCCCCAGUGCACGAAUUCCACACGUCCGCAGUCGAAAUUCUGUUGCGAAGAAUGCGGAAUGAAUUUGGCACGUGAUCGUUUGCGUGCCAUCUUGCCGGACCGUGUUCAUUCAUUUUGGAAUAAUAUGUCGUAUUCUGUGGAACAGUCGCAACAUUUACGCGAUGCUGCUGAGGAGCAAAUUCAAUUUUUCACGAAUAAGGUGCGCAAAUUCGCAGAUUUUCAGGACGAACUGCAAAAAUGGAUUUUGGCUACUGAAAAGAUCGAAUGUGAGAAUAAAACAGCCAUCAGUAACUCAUCAGACAUGGAUUUCAUGCUACACUGUGCUGUAUGCGCUUUGGAAUUUCCAGCCAAACUCAUUGUGAAACAUAUGGAGCGCUGCUUUGUGCGCAAUGAGAAACAGAGUUGCUAUGGCACGCCGAAUAAAUCACAAGUCAAUCCGUACAAUAUUUUCUGCGAGCAGUUCAAUAAGGCCAAUAAUACGUUUUGCAAGCGUCUUCGUGUAUUAUGUAGUGAACAUUACAAAUCUACAGAAAAUGCUACAAAGGUCUGUGGUUAUCCUUUUGCAUGGAACAAAAAUGAAUUUCGACCUGUUAUCAAAACAUUUGACGACAUGCAAACACUGCUUCAGAAAGGCUUUUGUCAUUGCCUAAGAAAGAACUGCCUUCAACAUCAUAACUGGGUCCAGAAUGCAAUGGGUUUGAUCGACGUGGAGCUGCUUAAUCUUUUGAUCAAACUGGAUGAGUGGUUCGAGAAAAAACGCACACUUCAAGUCUCAGAAACCAUGCGUGGUGAUGUGCUCUCACUUUUCUGCGAUAAAACAGUUCGUUGCAACACACCAUUGAAUGAAGAUAGUUCCAUCCCGAUAGAGAUAGUUCCAUGUGCGCCAGGUAAUUCCGACCCGGCUGAUCACCUGAAAUGCCGAAAUACAGAGCAGUCUAUGAAUGCAACUAUAUUGCAUGCGGAAACAACAAGUUACGUUGGUUGCAGUCGUGUUUGCGAAGAUAAUGAGCAGAUAUCAUGGAAUACUGAUUUGCAAUCUUGA